AUGCAGAAUAAGGUGUGUUUUGGGUGGGAAGAACAGGGAAAUCCUCGUGAAGGACAUUUCAAACCAAAACAAAGUUAUGCUUCACAUAACCAUGACACUCGUAUUGUUAUACUAGGUAAAACGGGAACUGGAAAAAGUGCAACUGGAAAUUCUAUUCUCGAUAAAAAAGAAUUUGAAUGUUCACCUGGAGGAAGCACUUCAACAUGGAGUUGUGUAAAGAGAGAAACAAAACGUUUUGAAACAAAUAUAGUAGUAAUCGACACCCCUGGACUACAAGAUGUCAAAAAACCAAUUCAUGCCAUUCGAUCUGAAAUUCAAAAGUCAAUCGAAAUGGCGUACCCCUUUUCUGGAAUUGCACAUCCAGGACCAAACGUAUUUUUACUAUGCCUGAAGAUGGGUCGUUUUACAGCAGAGGACGAAACCUUGUUUCAGGAGUGCCUGAUCACUUUCGGAGAAGAAAUGUUGCCAUUCACCAUUGUUGUAUUUACCCAUGAAGAUACGUGGGAGUCUGAUAUGGAGUAUUCUGGAAAAGAUCCAAAAUAUAGCGAAUACAUGCAAUCGCUACCAUUAUCUGCUUUAGAGUUUAUUGGCAAAUGUCGCAGCCACAUAUAUUUUAAUAACAGAAAAACUGAUUUAGAUAUGGAUUUGCAAGUUCAAUUACUUUUUAAACAAAUUGAAGAUGCAAUCGUAUUAAAUAGUGGCAAUGUGUAUACAAAUGAAAUACUCCAAAAAGUUGUGAGUCGCGAACAAUUCAAAAACAAUAUUAGCAACUGGUAUACUAAUGGGAAGAAAAUGUUUAACUCAGUUCUAGCCAUUGGAAAUGUUUUUUGGUUUUUGAGAAAUUCUAGACGAUAA